CGUGGUCGCGCGUAAUUCUCCGGGAGACCGACGCGUAUCCAACCGACGCGCGUUUUUUUUUUCUUUUUUUUUUCUCCCUUCACCUCAGCGAAGCAGCCCGUGACACUUCGAUAUCCUCGUGGACGAAAAGAACGACUUCUCCCCCCCCUCCCUUGAUUCACCUCAAACUGUCAUAAACAUCGAUACAAGUUUGCGAAAAGAGCUCCGACGUGCGAAGCGCCACACAGACUCCAGCGGGCAGGACUGAAAAGCCGAAAGUUCCCCACUUGAGGGCGAAAUCAGACUUUUUUGAGGACGCAAAAGUUUGAAAAGUGCCAGGAACUCCGGGGUCUGUCAGACACAACAUGCAGCAAUGUCCAAGGAGGCAGAGUUGGAUGUGAAAGGCAGCGAGUGUGACACGGUCCCACCAGAGCCCAGCAGCGACCCGGAGCCGCCCAGGCCACCUUCAGCUCCGGCUAACGGACCCACCGGCACAGCUGGCGUUUGCGUGAGCAUCCCCCCCAGUAGUCAGAGCAGCGGCGGCGGCAGAAGUGGUCUGGGUGGCGUUAGCAUUGUUAGCAGCAGUGCUGAGGGUGCAGGCGAAAGCUCCAUGCAGUUCAGCACCAGACCGCCUAGUGCUGAGCAGCCGGGCUUCAUGGGGACAUGGCAGCAGCAGAGCACUGACAGCAACCUCCUCUACAGAAUGUCCCAGCAGGGUGCUGUAACGCGGCUUCCUUUGAAGUGCGACAGGUCGACUAUGGGCCGAGACCUGGAAGAGGCCAUUCGCUGCACACUGGUGAACUGCACGUGUGAGUGCUUCCAGCCUGGGAAGAUCCACCUACGAACAUGUGACCAGUGCAAACAUGGAUGGGUAGCUCAUGCUCUGGAUAAGCUCAGCACCCAGCAUCUCUACCACCCGACCCAAGUGGAGAUCGUUCAGUCCAACGUGGUGUUUGACAUCAGCAGUCUGAUGCUGUACGGCACCCAGGCUGUUCCCGUCAGGCUCAAGAUCCUUCUGGACCGCCUUUUCUCCGUGCUCAAGCAGGAGGAGGUGCUGCACAUCCUGCACGGCCUGGGGUGGACCCUCCGAGACUACGUCAGGGGCUACAUACUGCAGGAUGCUGCAGGCAAGGUGCUGGACCGCUGGACUAUCAUGUCCCGUGAAGAGGAGAUCAUCACCCUGCAGCAGUUUCUGCGUUUUGGUGAGACCAAGUCCAUUGUGGAGCUGAUGGCCAUUCAGGAGAAGGAAGGUCAGGCAGUUACGGUUCCCUCCUCCAAGACAGACUCUGGGAUCAGGACAUUCAUUGAAAGUAAUAACAGGACCCGCAGCCCGGGGCUCUUGACACAUCUGGAAAAUAGUAGCCCAUCCAGCAUUCACCAUUUCGAAAAUAUCCCCAACAGCUUAGCUUUCCUUCUGCCGUUCCAGUACAUCAACCCAGUCUCUGCCCCCAUGCUUGGCUUACCCCCUAAUGGCCUCCCUAUGGAGCAAUCUUCCCUGCGGCUUCGGGAGCCCAGCUUGCCAAAUCAGGGAGAACAAGUAGAGACCAGUGAAUCAGAAGUGUCCCUAUCGCCCUUCCGCACAGGUCAGAGCCCCAGUCGUGGGGUACUGGGUGCCAUUAACAGCACUGAACCCAAGACGGAACCCAACAACUGUGCAUCACCCAUCUCACCUACACCUUCCACCCAGCAGGCUCAACAGCAGCAACAGCAGACACAGCUUCAGCAGCAGCAGCCAGGCCAACAGUCGGGCCAAAAUCAAUCUCAGCAAUCGAACAGCCUGAGUGACCAAGUCCACCACUUUGUAAAGGAGGAACCUUCUAAAACCAUCUCCCACCCUUCCUUCGCCUCCAAGAUGCAUCGUAUGCGCCGCAUGGGAGCCACUUCACGCAAGGGUCGCGUUUGCUGCAACUCUUGUGGGAAAACCUUUUACGAUAAAGGCACACUUAAGAUACAUUAUAAUGCAGUCCACUUGAAGAUUAAACACCGUUGCACCAUUGAGGGAUGCAAUAUGGUGUUUAGCUCACUGCGCAGCCGCAACCGCCACAGUGCCAAUCCCAAUCCACGAUUGCACAUGCCCAUGCUGCGCAAUAACCGUGACAAAGACCUCAUUCGUGGUAACAGCAGCUCUGGUACAUCUGUCAUCUCAAACAGUAAGAAUGGUGGCUAUACACUCACCAGCCCUGGGAGGCCACCACUGGGCUUCACUACUCCACCAGUAGACUCCAGUAUGCUCCAGUCCCCCCUGCAAAGCCCACUAGUGUUCCCCUCACUUAAGUCAGUGCAGCCGGUCCAGCCAGUGCCCCCAUUUUACCGAACACUUGUGUCCCCUGCAGAUCUUGUUAGUCCUCCAGUGUCACUGCCAACCAGCCCUAUAAUGCCCACCACCACCAACAGCACCACCCUGAUGGACCAGCAACAGCAGAUUCUUGCUGCUGCAGCUGCUGCUUCUCACAAUAAUGUUCACAUGUCAGAGGCAGGCUCUUUGUCCCACCGCUUACACGCUUCCAUUGCCAGUCAGGACCUUACCACUUGCAGCAGUGACCCCACACCCAAAAAGAAACCCCGUAAGUCUAGCAUGCCAGUUAAGAUUGAGAAGGAAGUGAUUGAUGUGGCUGAUGAAUAUGAUGACAAAGACGAGGAUGAUGACGAUAACAUCCAUCAUAACCACCACCAGGCAACUCUUCUUCACAACAACAUCAAAAUGAACGGAAACUGUAAUAGCAAAAACAACAGUGGAAGUGGCACUGGACACCACAGUGGUGGCAGUGGGCAGCAUUCCCCCUCCCAGGGUGAGAUGAGCCCUGGCUUAGCUUUCAGAGGAAUAAUGAGACAAAGUGAAGAUGAAUGCAGGGAAGGGACUGGGAGUGACAGCAGAGGCGGAGCUUCUGAGCUACGCUGCAUGGACAGCUUUACUUCUGAGGACCAGGACAAUGAGAGAGACUUUGAAAAUGAGUCCGAAACCUCUGAUUCCAAGAUGUUCUACAGAGAUGAGCUCAUGGAUGUGGAAGAACAUCAUAAGCAUAGCAGGGGGGAAAGAGGCCAGGACAAGGAACACGACCAUGAGGGUAGUGACGAAACUCAUAUGAGAAAAGAAAUCGAAGGAAAUGGCCAUUCCUCACCCUCGCCUAACCAUCAGCCUAUCAAGAUUAAAGAAGAACUCAAUGAUCCAACUUACGACAUGUUCUGCAUGAGCCAAUAUGGCCUGUACAACGGAAGCAUGGCAGCGGCUGCUGCCGCUGCAAGCAUGGCUGCUCUGCAUGAAAGCUUCAUCUCGUCUAUGGGAUAUGGUGCCAGCCCACCAAAAUUCCCUUCCUCUCAUUCACCAGAAGGAGAUCCGUGUUCAAGUCCUGACCCCAAGAUCUGCUAUGUGUGUAAGAAAAGCUUCAAGAGCUCCUAUAGCAUGAAACUGCACUACAAGAAUGUGCACCUCAAAGAGAUGCAUGUGUGCACUGUGGCCGGCUGCAACGCUGCUUUCCCCUCCCGGCGGAGUCGAGACAGGCACAGCUCCAACAUCAACCUGCACCGCAAACUGCUGACCAAAGAGCUGGACGACAUUGUCCUCGACCCCCGACUCACGCCACUGCCCAAGGACCUGCGAGCCGAGUUACUGGCCAAGAUCUACGCUGGGCAUCACAUGGGCUUGGACCCUUUGGCCAGGAUGAGCUUUGGAGGUGCCGGCUUCGGGCUCCCUGGUCUGAACCACAAUAGCCAUUCCCCCAUGAGCAAUGAGCAUCCCCACCAUUUUUUCAACCAAGACCUGAAAAACCACCAGACCAACGGCCUCUUCCAGGGUCAGCCAGACGACUACAUGGUGUUGGACCUGAGUACCACAUCCAGUGUUCAAUCCAGCAGCAGCGUCCACUCCUCACACGAGUCAGAAGACGGCAGCGAUGAAGGCAUCCUAUUGGAUGACCUGGAGGAGGAGGGAGAAGAGGAUGUGGAGGAGGGCAACAGCGAGGGAGAGGACUACUCCCAACGUACCAGGGGGCGGGCUGACGAAGAACAUCCGGAUGAAACUGGAGAAGUAAAAGAAGGACAAGGUGAGGAGUUGGACCCUUCCUCCUCGCCAUUUCUCCUUUCAUCCAUGGGGGCCAGUAUUGGCAGCAGCACUGGGAUCCUUUGUAACAUCUGCCACAAAAUGUACAGCAACAAAGGGACCCUGCGUGUGCACUACAAGACUGUGCACCUGCGUGAGAUGCACAAGUGCAAAAUCCCUGGUUGCAACAUGGUGUUCAGCUCUGUGCGCAGCCGUAACCGACACUCCCAGAACCCAAACCUCCAUAAAAACAUGCCCUUCUCUACAAUAAUAGACUAGAAAUUGACUUGUACUCCACCCUCCUAUCAGACUGCCCCUUCCGCCUUUCAUUCCUUAUCCGUAUUCCUCCUUAAAUUAACCCUGGCGCAGGACUAUCAAAUACAACCUAUUGCCUGUAUGCCUCCUGCCCGUUCUUUUUAAGUCAUUGCAAGACAAUAUACAUGUCCAUCUAUAAAAUGAGUUGACUCUAAAUAUAGUUUAUAAUUAUGUCCUUUGACUUCUCUGUUUUUUUUGGAAGAAUAGGAUGACGUUCAUAGGCAUGGAGUAUGUUUUUUUUUCCUCAUGAGCCUCCCUCCCCUCCGCCAUCCUUUCUUUUACUACUUUCUCCCAACUUUUGUGUUUAUGUUCAUCUCCAAAGAAUCCAUUCAGACUUUUAUUUGUGAUUUUGCCUGCAGAAACAAUAGUAUUGAAAAAAGAAAAUCUUCUCGUUGUAUUUGUGUAAUGAUAGCUUUUAAAUGAACCCCGUACAAAAGCAUGACAGCUCCAUUUGUAAAUAAUGUCCCAAGAGGCUUUUGGUGUAAGAGUUGUGUUGAUGGUUGUUUGCUUCUUUUUUCUCUCUUUAUGGCUUUAUGUUACAGCCCAGAACACUUCUUCCAGCUAUAGGCAAGAAAGAGGUAGCAUCUUUAUAGCUUGACUCCUUUACGUUAGCUUCAAAGACAAGUUUAAACCGAGUCCUGGGGGGAAAAAAGAAUAUCACAUGACUUGUUUUAACUGCUUGUUAGAUAUUCAGAGUUUGCCGGCAUGCUUUUUUAGGCUCCUACACUGAUAUCAUUCUCUGUACUUCUAUAUUUUUUUUUUUUUGUCUGUUAUGUUUUUGAGCUUUCGUAUACCAAUUCAGUUUUUGCACUUUGCAUCUAUACAAGGGGACGUGUAAUAUUAUUACAAUAAGGACUUUUGCAAUGGUGAAUUUUGGGUGUUGCUCGGGGUCAUUGACGGCUACAGUGUACAAGGGAAGUGACAGUACCUUCAACCUGCCUGCGCCAGUUUCUUUUUGCACGUGCUCAGUUCCAAUCACAGCUUCACAACCCGAAAUCUUACCCCAUUGCUCUACAAUGCAUUCAAAACAUUGCUUCAAAAUAACUUGGCCUCAAAUCACAUCCAGGUCUGACUAAAUAUAAACUGCUGUUUCAUGAACACUAAAGGAGAUGACAGGAGGAGGAGGUUGGUAUCUCUGUGGGCUAAUCUGUCUGCAUCAUCCCAAAAGAGUUUGUACUCAGAAGAGGGGUCCUUAUAAGUAAUACUGUCCCUGAGAAUUGAAAACGGAUAGAAAAAAAGAGGAAAAAAGAUGAAAAUAGUCCUUCAACUGUGACCAAAAAUAUAGUUAUUUGCUUAAGAAAAGCUCUUUCAGUGUGGCGUUGUUAUUAAAUCAUGCCCCAUUUGAUCAAUACGAUGCACUUGAGUCUUAAAACAUUACCUGUGAUAUUUCACUGUGGGUUUUUCCAUUGCUGAGCGCCACCUUCAGAUAUAUUGUUGCCGAUUUUUUAUCUAUUGGGUGCAGAGAUUUUCUUUAACGCGUCCAUGACUGUCUCACGGUACAAAUAUUUCAAGUAAUUGGACAAAGUAGCCAAGGGACGGGGUAUUUAUUAGUGGGUGAUGUAUCUUCAUGGAGAUGUUUUGUCCGGUAAAAGAUUAUUUGUUUUGUAAAAAAGACAAAAAAGUAGACCUUGUUCAUCAGUUUGACUCGUUUAUCAGUGUAUUAGCAAUGCUGUGUGUUACUAUACAAAGAGAUCUUCUCUUACUUAACUGGUGCUACAUACAGUGGGAAAAUAUGCAGUGUUAUGUAGUGUGUUGUAUAGUAUUUGCAACACUUUACAUCCAAAACAGUGUUGAGGUCCACUCAUUUCACAUUUAAGCCAUUUUGCUGUACAGACGUGACCUAUUCUGUUGAAUUAUUUCAUGUAUUUUUUUGUUAUGUCUCCUAUAUGACACGUGCGGUUUCUAGUCGGCUCCUCUCAGAGAUAAAGAGGGAAAGAGAGAGCGCUGAGGCUGAUGGAAAGGUUGCGGAGGUGGAGGGCUGACUAGGGAGGAAAGGAUGACAGCAACGAUCAUUAAAAAUGUGCUGCUUCUCUGUUACCUGGAGGCGUCCCGCCAUUCCAGCUUCUUCUGUCUAAUAACUCACUUGUCACUUCGUUACACUGCCAGACGUCAAGGUUGCUGACAAGACUGUGACACUGACAGAGGGAGAAAAAGAAGGAAAGAGACUGCGCGCUCCGAACAAUUUAAUUUGACUCAGUCAAUUAAGUUGAGCUCAAUUCAUCUCUUCAUUUACAAUGUGUGCUUAUUCUUCUUCGGGGUCGGUUGUAAUUUAAUUCACUUCCUUUAUUUUAUUCGGUUUUUCUCUUUGUCUGUCAGAGCACAGUCAUUUAACAACCACCUUAGACCAUUUCUUCAACCCGCCACUCACUUACCACCUCCACAUGCCACUGUGCAGAUCCUACAGGGACACACACUAAUAGUGUAUGCUUAAGUUCACUGGACGGCCAUAGCAUAGUAAAAAGGGAUGGGUAAUUGCCUGUUUAUCCCAAGUGAAGGGAAAAUUGAGUACAGGAACCCCUGCCUUCUCCCAGGAGUGGGUUUCACUGAGGCGCUCGCUGCCUCAUUCACUCAUUCGAUCCCUCAGGCCCUUGCUCUGGCAGAAAGAAAAAAAAAAGUGCUACUCCGGAAACCCUGCUGACAGCUGUCUCUCUAACACACAAGCGUACAAACAUAGAGGAGCGAGGUACACACUCAGAAGGAUGACGAGCCCUCAACGACUUGCUAACCUGUACUGAUUUAGCAGACAGGGCCAAGGACAAUAUCUACUCAAUCUUUCUUAAGUUUGAACAUUCACAAUGCAGAAUUGCAGCCACUACAAACAACAAUAGCUCAUUAUAGAGAAUGAUAAACUCUACAAUUGAUGCAGACAUGAAACAUUCAGACAAAUCGUAAGUUGAUGUCUCUUUUUUUUCUCAAAACUGAUUCUAGGUGGUGAAAGAUAAACCCCUUUCAGACAUGUGUUCCAUUAAUCAGGUGGCAACAGAGUGUACAGGGUGUCAUGUUUGAAUUACCUCACUCCCCCUCUCCCCUGGUGCUUUUCCAUAAGAGUUUAUGUUGGUUAAACUGACUUGACUGGACAUAAUAAUGAAUACGUAUCAUCUUCAAUUGGGCAGAAGUCUAAACUGCUCCAGUCAUGUUAAUGUGAAGCAGCAGCAGCGGGUUCGUUUGGCUUCUGAUUAGCUGUUCAGAAUACUCAGACAAAUCCAGUUAGUAGAUAAAUGAAUAACACCAUUGUCCAAAUUUUUGCUCCUCUGUGGUUUAACCUGCAAAAGCCGCAGCACUUAGUUGUUUGUUUGUUUUUUCUCUGCACGUGAGCCAAAUGAACUAAAUACAUUCCAGAUUUGCUUGAGCAGCAUCUGAAGUGUCUCCUGUCAAUUGCUCCUUGUCCACCUCAGUUUUAUUUAACACAAUGCAGCAUGCUCGUUGUGCUUGUUUUAAAUGUUAUUGGCCAAAUGACAACCGUAACUCACGGUGCACUCACAUGGUUUUGCGCGUCGUGCGGCUUCUCCUGCAGGAGUGCUGGGGAACGCGUCGUCCUCAGGGGAAGUGAAAGAUCUUCUUUUUCUCAAAUUGAUUAAACAACUUCUCUGAUAGAGCACUGUUCAUGAAAUCCUCAUGAAUAAGACGCCAGCCAGAUUUUUGGAAAUAAUCCCAUGCUGCUGUUUGAUAAGCUUAACCAUGUAGAAAAUGUUUACCUGCCUGUCCUCGCCACCACUACAACAGUUUAAUUUACGUGACCACUACGCGUUUGGCAUGCUAAUAUAAACGGCCAUAGUGAUACAAACUAUUGUGGGAAAACUUACAAUAGAAAGACUUGAUUUAAGUAUUUGGACAUUUGAAUCUUCCAUAGUAGAUUAAAUGUUUAAUCUUGCAUGAAUGACAGACAUAUACAGUAUGUUUGAAUGACUGAAUGCAGUUAUUUUAAUAGAUUUAUGAAACCAUUUAUGUUGGAUAUCUCAUGUCUGAAAGGUGGUAAAAGAUGUUUUACCUACAGAGAACAGAAAAUCUAUUGGAAAAUGUCUACAUGCUUACACAUUGAUUUAAUUUCACUCCCUUAUGUGCUGUUCUUCUCUGACCUUUUUUUUUCAAGAAGCUGCAGCAAGGUAUGACCUGUGCUUAUAUGUUCCAGACAGAAAACUGAACACAGCAGAAAAAAAAAUUGUUAAUAAAAA